AUGGACGACGGGGAUCUUGGAGAUAAUAUCCAACAGGAGACUGACAUUAUUGAAGAGUCUGUCUCCCAUGACAGACGUAUAGGAAACGAUGAUGCUCAUCUCGCUCCAAACCGCUGGUGGUUUGCUUCCUCAGCAUUCCCCAUGAUCGCCGGCACCCUCGGUCCUGUUGCCUCAGCCUUCAGUAUCUGCGCUCUCGUACGCCCAUGGAGACAGCACUACAUUCCGAAACAGCCUCUCAAGGAGGCAGAUUUUGUCGCUGACCCAAUAUGGCUCACCGUCAUAAACGCUAUCCAGCUUGGCAUGGCCAUCAUAUCAAAUAUCUUCCUCCUACUAAACAUGACACGCCGUGUACGCUUUACUAUCGCUCAGCCGCUCACUAUCAUCGGAUGGUACAUCUCUGCUAUUUUGCUCAUGGCCCUUCUAGCUACAGCCUCUGGACCGCUCUAUGAAGGCUUUGGUCACCCCAAGAAUGAGCUCAUAUGGUCGCAGGCCUUUUACUACGGCAUAUGGGCUGCUAUUCUCUACUUUGUCGAUGCUUCUCUUAUGGUGAUAACAUUCUAUGGAGCAUCGGUUGGCCAUUAUCCCAACGACUUCAACUUGACGCCCAGCCAACGGACUCUCAUGUUGCAGACCAUCAUGUUUCUCCUGUACUUACUAGUCGGGGCCGUUGUGUUUUCCAAUAUCGAAAACUGGAACUAUCUCGACACUGUAUACUGGGCGGAUGUAACUCUAUUUACCGUCGGUUUUGGUGAUUUCACAGCUCAAACAAAUCUCGGACGAGCUCUUAUGAUGCCAUAUGCUCUGGUCGGUGUCAUCAGUCUCGGUUUGGUCAUCGGUUCUAUCCGCAGUCUUGUCCUUGAGCGAGGCAAGAAACAAGUUGAUGCCAGAAUGGAAGAGAAGAAACGCCGACGUAUUGUCCGAACCAUGACCAAGAAAGGCCAGGAUGAGGUACUCGAGCCAAUUCGAGAGCCACGACGACAAGACUCUAUGGUUUCCCAGGGUGCACAAUCAAACAAUCAGCUACCAGCGACAGAAUAUGAGCGUCGAAAGGCAGAAUUCGAUCUUAUGCGUAAGAUCCAAGCUCAAACAUCAUAUCGUCGUCGCUGGGUCGCCAUGGGUAUCUCAACUGGCGUAUGGCUUAUUCUGUGGCUCUUGGGCGCCUAUAUCUUUGUUAAGUGUGAAGAAGACUAUCAAGGGUGGAAGUACUUUGAUGGUUUCUACUUCUGCUUCGUCAGUCUCACAACAAUCGGAUACGGCGACGUGACUCCUAUUUCGAACGCUGGAAAGUCAUUUUUCGUCUUUUGGUCUUUGCUUGCACUGCCUACCAUGACAGUCCUUAUUUCAAACGCUGGAGACACCGUUGUCAAACUAAUUCGUGAUGGAACGCUUCGUCUUGGAAAUGUCACUAUUCUCCCAGGAGAGGACAACUUCAAGAGCGAUCUCAAAUACAUCAUCAACAGAUGUACCUUCGGUCUGAUGUAUGCUAAUUACACAGAGCCACCGCCCCUAAACCGGGAAAAGAAACCAGCUUCGAAGAAUUCGAGCACUGAUACUUCAGACUCGACGACCAAGAAGGAAGACAAACUUGACGAAUACGCCCGCGGACGACCUAGACGCUCAGAAACUGGAGAAGAUGACGACCCAGCAGAUCCGCGACCAGGCCAAGACCGGAAUAAUUCAACUUUCACAGCUCGAGUUCGUCGUUCUCUAUCUCGCCUUAGAGACGCCCAUGAGGAGUUGCCUACAGGAACAAACCUCCACUUCCUCCUCAUUUCAGAAAUCCAAGUCCUCAUGAACCACCUCAAGUCAUCUAAGCCACACAAAUACUCCUUUGAGCAGUGGGCAUGGUAUCUCAAGCUUAUUGGCGAGGAUGAAAGCAAUGCCGAAACACAUGGGAAAGCGCAGCCAAGCGGUCGGCAUCAUCAUCACAACCACCCUCGUCGCAAGAAAACAAAUGAGACUGCUGAGGGUGUUGAAAAGGACGUGGUCUCUGACGAUACAACGGCUUGGUCGUGGGUAGGCAAUCGGAGUCCGCUUAUGGGAAGUCAAGAAGAGACUGAGUGGAUUUUGGAUAGACUACUUGAAAGGCUUCGGGAGUCUUUAUCUGUCGAGGGGAAGAAACAGGUCACGGCUGAUGCAAGGAGAGCUCUUGGGGCAGAUCGUCGACGGUCGCCAGAUGAUACAUAUCAUAGGAAGAAAGAUGGAAAGAAGGAAGAUGUAUGA